AUGUUGAUAAAUGGAAAUCUGUCUCCCUCCUUCCCCAUCCAACGUUCCGUUCGACAAGGCGACCCCCUCAGUAUGAACCUAUUUGUCCUUUACUUACACCCUCCCCUAGAAAAUCUCCUAUCCAUUUGCAAUAACCCACAAGAGCUGGUGUUGGCGUAUGCUGACGACAUCACGAUCAUCGUGAAGAACGAAGACAAUUUGCAACGGAUUGUGGACGCGUUCAGUGAGUUUGAGCAAUGCUCUGGAACAGUCCUGAACACAAACAAAACAAUGGCAAUCAACAUCGGAACACAACAGAAUACGAGAUCCCCAGGUUGGUUCAACCUCUGCGAUUCUGCGAAAAUUCUUGGUGUCAUCUUCUUCAAUUCAUCAAAGCGUAUGGUUGAAGUAAACUGGGGCGACGUCAUAAGAAAGACUUCACAACUUAUGUGGAAAUUCAAACCACGAAUUCUCUCUUUGCUCCAAAAGAUAACCAUCAUCAACUCCUUCGUAACGUCCACAUUGUGGUUCAUGGCAUCGAUCCUUGGCAUUCCCAACGCAUCAGCAGCGUCUCAAAUAGGAAACUUUGUCUGGGAACGGCAUCCAACCAGAGUUUCAAUGGAGCAGAUUGGUCUUGCAGUCGAAAAAGGUGGCCUUUACCUUCAACCACCUUCAACUACCAAUGCAGAAAUGUAG